UUGCAUGUGAUUAAUGCUCCCCCUCCCUGCCUUUUCUGAUAGAGAGCCUUCUCUGUUGUCCCUUACUGAUCCUUAUUUAUUCUCUUUUCUUCCCUCUUUUUAAUCUCUAGAAAAAAGUCCAAGUCUUAGACUUAAGUUUAGUAUUAUUAUUAUAAACAGAUAAGCCCCUAAAACAGUUCUUUCAAUUCCCCUUCUCACCAUGUCUCCCUUUCAAACUCAAAACAUGUCUUCUACUACUUCUUCGUCUUCUGCUUCUUCCUCUAUUUGGUUACUUUCUUAUAGAAAGCUUAAGUUCUUUACUAGAAUUCGGAGGUUCUUGCAAUCCAAAGCAGCAAGGAAACGAUACGGUUCAUCAUCUGAUCAUUUAAACAAGUUGACAAUAAAAAACAGUACUGAUAAAGAGGAAGAGCGUAUGGAGAAAGAAAGCGAGCUGGAAGGUGAUUCUGUGGUGUUGCAAAAAUCUGUGAAGGGGCUUCACUUUGGGAGCUGGGAAGAGAAAGAGAUGGCUGCUAAGGCGAUUGAGAAACUCGCUAAAGAAGACGUUAAGGCAAGGAAGCUGAUGGCGGAGCUCGGAGUUACACAUAUGCUUGUGUCCAUGAUGGCUACUGAGGUGGUUGGCCGCCGUCGAGCCGCCAUGAAGGCCUUGAUCGAGCUUGCUAAUGGAAAUUUUACAAACAAGGCUUUCAUGCUAGAGGCUGGAAUAUUAUCAAAGUUACCAAAGGACAUUGAUAGUGUGGACGAACAAACGAGGCAGGAAUUUGCAGAACUGUUGUUAUCAUUAUCUUCUAUAUCAAAUACCCAUUUCUCUCUAGCCACACCUGAGAUCCUGCGAUUUGUCAUUGGCAUUCUUGAUUCAGCCUCCAGCCUUGAAACUAAAGAGUACUGUUUAGGUGUUUUAUACAACCUGUCUGCUGUGUUAGAAAAUGCUGGACCCUUGGUAUCUAAUGGAGUAAUGCCCGCUCUCUUGAAGCUAUCGUCGCUCAAAGAACUUUCAGAAAAAGCCCUUGCAGCCCUAGGUCACUUGGUGGUGACCUUGAUGGGAAAAACGGCUAUGGAAGAUAGUUCCAUGGUACCAGAGAGCUUGAUUGAUAUUCUAACAUGGGAGGAUAAACCCAAAUGCCAAGAAUUAUCAGCCUACAUUCUAAUGAUUUUAGCUCAUCAAAGCUCCAAACAAAGGGAUAAAAUGUCCAAGGCGGGGAUCGUUCAUGUACUUCUCGAAGUGUCCUUAUUGGGGAGCCCAUUAGCUCAAAAGAGAGCAAUUAAAUUGUUACAAUGGUUUAAAGAUGAAAGGCAAGCAAAGAUGGGGCCGCAUUCUGGACCACAAACAGGAAGGUUUGCAAUCGGUUCACCUCUGCACCCGAGGGAGGCUCAGGAAGGAAAGAAAAUGAUGAAGAAUCUGGUGAAGCAAAGUCUUCAUAAGAAUAUGGAAAUGAUCACCCGAAGAGCCAACGCUGCUGCUGAUGCUUCCCAGCUAAAGUCCUUGGUCCUCAGCACAAGCUCUAAAAGCUUGCCCUACUAAAAUGUUUCUGUAACACUUCUGAUUACAUCAUUUUUUGUGUUUCAAAUUGGGGUGCAAUUCUUUUGCAAUGGCAUGUAAUUAUUGCAGAUGAUGGGAAACAAAAUGAAGGUUUACCCCCUA